UUUCGCUCCUCUUCGCCAUGCACCCGCGGAACAAGCAUCGGGAGUAUUUGGACUACCGCGACCUCGCCAAGAAACAGAAAGGGCUCCGUCGCUUCGUCUACGAGAAUCAGUGGGGUGGAGCUUCUAUUGACUACUCAGACCCCGAAGCCUUGGAGGAAUUGACACGGAGUUUGCUGGCAGAAUUCUACCAGAUUCAACACUGGAACCUUCCUGCAGGCUACUUAUGUCCACCGGUGCCUCAACGUGUGGACUACCUGCACAUCAUGGCCGAUUUGUUGAGGGAUACCCUGAAGCCGGCUGAAGGGACGGAAGGCCCAGAGGACCCAGAGGGCCCAGAGGGCAAGCAAGAAACGCAAAUACCCCAGGGCCUGUGCGGCCUGGACAUAGGAACAGGUGCCAGCUGCAUCUACAGUUUGUUGGGCGCCCGGGAAUACGCCUGGCGCUUCAUUGCCAGCGACAUCGACGCUGUGGCGCUGCAGCACGCCGCGCAGCUGGUGGCGGAGAACGGCCUGGAGAAGCAGAUCACGCUACGGCGCCAAGAGGAUCCAAAACGGGUCCUCCGUGGUGUCAUGCCGAAGAAGGUUUCUCAGUCGGUUGCCUUCGCUGUGUGCAACCCGCCCUUCCACGAAUCCUUGGAACAAGCACAGCAAGCGGCAAGGAGCAAGUGGCAGAGGUUGGGAAAGGAGUUGGAGAGCAAGAACUACCAGGGGCGAGAGCUGGAGCUCUGCUGCGAGGGAGGGGAGGUUGGCUUUGUCCAGCGCUUUGCAGAGGAGAGCGCGAAGGUGUGCUACCGAAGCAAAUGCGUUUGGUUCUCCAGCCUGCUGUCCAGGCAUUCGAGUUGGCAGCCCGUGGUCGACAAGCUGCGGCAGUUGGGUGCCAAGCAUCGAAGCUUUGAACUGGGCACAGGACGCAACGUCAAAUGGGUUAUCGCCUGGACCUUCCUGCCGAAAUCCCUGCGACGGCUGCAGUUGCAGCUUCAGCUGAUGCUGGUGGAGACAGAGGAACCACCGCGGAAGAAGAGGAGAAGCUGAAGAAAA